AUGCGAAAGAAAGAAGGAAAACAAGGAGGAAGAGAAAAAACAAAAGGAAGAAAGGAGGAGAAGGAGGAAACGAUAAGAGGAGAAGGAAGGAGGAUGAACAAAAUGAGAAGAAGAAAUAGAAAGAGUAGGAAAAAAGAGGAGAUAAGAGGAGCAGUAGAGGAAGAAGGGAGGAGUUGGAGGAGGAGGAGGGAGGAAAAGCAAAAGGAAGGAGGAAGAGGAAAAAUAAAAGGAAGAAAGGAGGAGAAAGAGAAGGAGGAAGAAAACGAGAAAGAGGAGAAGGAAAGAGGAGGAGCAAGAAAGGGGAAAGAGAAGGAAGAGGAGGAAAAAAGGGAGGAGAAGGAAAAGUUGUCUCCUCUAAAGGAGGAGUUGGAGGAGAAGGAAAAGGAAGAGCAAGAGGAAGAAGGAGAGAGGAGAAUGAGGACAAUUAGAAGGAGAAGGAAAAGGAGGAGGAAAAAAGGGAGGAGAAGAAAGAGGAGAAGAAGGAAGAAGAAGAAACUGUCUCCUCUAUGUCUAAAUAUUGCUCGAAAUUUACGUAGAAGAGAGGACGAAGAAGAUGACGUUGGCGGAGGAGCAGGAGGAUGAGGGAGGAAAAACAAAAAGACGACGACGACAAAAAGCAAAAAGAAGAAAAGAGAAAUAAGGACGAGAAAAAGCAAAAAGAAGAAAGGAAGAGAAUGAGAAGGAGAAGGAGAAAUAAGAAGAAAGAAUAAGAAGGACGACGACGACAAAAAUGAGAAGAAACAGGAGGAGGA